GGUUCUCUCUUGGGGGAGAGGAUAAGUUCGUUUCGGUGUCGGGACCGAGAUUCAGCCGGUUGCGGCGCAGGGCUGGAGGAGAGGCGCUGAAGCCCAAUGGGCCCAGCCCCGUGAGGAGCCGGGCCGCGAGCCCCGGGGGUGGGACAAUUAAAUCUUCAACUCUUGGAACAGAGGAGUUCAGGAGACGCUACCGGACAGCUGGUGUGAAAGCAGCGUUAUUGAUUAUUUAUUGCGCCCGCAGAGGCCUAAGUAAGAGCAGGUGAUUCAUUUCGGGAUGACUGAGGGAGCUAAACCGAGGGUUGAGGGCUUGGCAGCUCCCACAGCCGGCUUGGGGCGCGGUGUUGGGUGCUCUCUGAUGACAGAAACACCUUUUAUUUGUAACAAGGCCCCCAGGUAAAUUAAUACCAGAAAUCCUGUUUUAUUAGCAGUGGCACAGCUUAGAAAGUAUCUUGCGCUUCCUAAAAAAGACUGUUUUCCCCCAGAUUUGGCACACUGAAUGCCAUUCCAGAUCAUGUGUUUCAUCAUGGGAAUAGUGGGAGCUAUUCUGGACAUUUACUGUGAAUUUGAAAACAUUCACUGAGAUUGAAAAGUCUUAGUGUUGCUCCGUGGCCCUCAUUUUUAUCAUACAAUUCAUAUUUGGGGAAAUCAUUUGUCAUAAAGUAAAUGUAUUUUGUGCACAAGACAGCUAGGAAGCUGGUGGCCUAGUGCCAGUACAGGAAGAAAAAAGUGAGUGGUUUAAAAAAUGCAAAAGCUUGAAAGUGGUGGAACUUUAAUUGUGGUGAUUGCAUUAAUUUCCACUGGAGAGCAGUAGAGGUUUGCACUGUAUCUUCUCUCAUUUGGACUGAUUCUAAGUAACUAAGAUUUAAAUGCAUAUUCUGUGUUGUAUUUUUAUGUACUAAGCUAGUGGGUCUGCACAGGAAUGACGAAGAAGAAAAUACUUCAGCCCUGUAUAUUGGAUUUUGGUGUGAGUUCUGUUUAGACGUCAUCCUCCUAAGCUACUAUUAACAUAGUGCAGCCAGGGCACAAGCGGUUAAAGUACAAGUUUAUUUAUAAACACAGCAAAAGGAAACAAAAGCUUUGGCCCCAAAAAAUGGCAUAAUUUUAGCUGAAAAAUAUUUUUUUAAAUGAUACAAUAUGUACUCUCCUACUGACAUCUCCUCAAGUGAAAUUUUAAUUUAAAUUAUUGGAAAUUAUCCGGAUGAAAAGAUUCUUUUUCAUACUUCUCUUUAGCUCUUGUCCACUGAAAAAAAACAUGAUUUCCCUCUGUUUGCCUCCUGCCUGCCACGGAUUACAACCUUUGCUUGAUGCAGGAGCGUUGAGGGAAGCUGCCUUUCAGAAUUUCUCUCUCCCUUUAGGUCAUACAUCAUUUCCCAUUUGCCCCAGUUGUCAGUGGGAGACACUGAGAGCAUUGGGGUGAGGGUUAUUGACUUGUGGUUUUUUUAUUGAGCCUGAAUAAAUCUUGUAGGAAGACUGCAGACGGCCAAAGUUGAGAGGUAACAACGUUUUGCUCUCGGGACAAGGUUGGCAAGCCACGUCUGAUUGCAGUGGACUUUCAGCCUACAGCUCACCACAUUAUUCAUGCAUAAUACUCGUAAUGCGAGGACAGCUCUAAACAACUGCAGAUUAUUGUGAGGAUAAAAUACCGAUCGCCUUGAAUGGCAGCAGAGAUCCUUUGUGUGGAGUUUUGGAGUUACUGCCAUCAUAUUUGGCAAAUUGCACAAAUACAUUAGCUUAAAGGACAUACGUUCAAGCAGACAGCAAAAAUGGGUCAAGGUGUCUGCUGACAGCCUUUAAGGGAAGGGGUCUCUGAGGAUAUGCUAUUUUUAUCCUCUUUCUAUUAGGAAAAUUGAUGGAUGUGAUUUUCUUUCACAGCUGGAGAGAGUCCGUCACUGAGCAGGCAGGCGGCUGCUGCUAGAGUUGCAGUCAGGCUGAGAACAGAUGGGAUUCAGCAGCUGAGACUGAAAUGCCGAAAAAAGGCGCUUCCCCGCUUUAAACCACCGGGAAGACAGAAGAUGAGCAGGACCAUGGCUUCUAUUGCCGAGCGGACGUUCAUCGCCAUCAAGCCUGACGGGGUCCAGCGGGGGCUGGUGGGAGAAAUCAUCAAGCGGUUUGAACAGAAAGGAUUCAAACUGGUGGCCAUGAAAUUAAUACAUGCCUCUGAAGACCUUCUGAGAGAACACUACAUUGACCUAAAAGACCGGCCGUUCUACGAGGGGCUGGUGCAGUAUAUGCACUCUGGACCUGUUGUAGCUAUGGUGUGGGAAGGUCUUAACGUGGUUAAGACUGGGAGAGUGAUGCUGGGGGAAACUAAUCAGUUCGAUUCAAAGCCUGGCACCAUUCGUGGUGAUCUCUGCGUUCAAGUCGGAAGGAACAUCAUUCAUGGAAGUGAUUCUGUAGAAAGUGCUGAGACAGAGAUCAAUUUAUGGUUUGCUCCUGAAGAACUGGUGGAUUACAGGAGCUGUGCUCAUGAGUGGAUCUAUGACUAAAACUGAGCCUACACCUCCUGAUGUCCUUACUCUCUGCAAACAGCUGGUUUCUCUAGUAUUCCAGAGCCCUCCCUAUAAACCGGUAGAAACCUGCUUCAGAAAUCCCUGAGAUAGCUCUGUUGUGAAUGUUAAAUAUAGUCAGUGUUUGCUGCUGCUUUGGUUAAAAAGCUCUCAAGCUAUAGAUGGGAUUGUACUUUUAAAAAUCUGCUUCUGGGAGUGAGAGACAGGAGAUUAAACCAGGGAGCAUAUAAUGCAUAUAUUUUCCUGAAACACUCUGUAGUCAAAGAAGGUAUUUUGGUAAAUAGAAAAAAAAAAUAUUUGGUAAAUAAAUGUGCAAAUGAAUCAGUAUCAAAGGUUAAUUUUGUUAAAAUGCUAGGGCACAACUGGUGGUGUGUAGAGACAUCGAUAGUGUGCCCAAAUGCUGAGGAGUGAACUCGGUAUGAAGUGAACCCCCACACCCAAAACAGCUGCAGGAAAAGCUUAUUUAUUUCUCUCUCCAGAACGUGCUGUGCCUGUGCACGGAGCACACCUUGGAUUAAAAGGAGAACUUUUCACUAGAUUGACACUGUUUCAGCUUUUUUUUGUUCCCCCCACAUGGGAGUUAUUUCAGGUUUUAAGGAAGGAUUAAUAGGCCAUGCUUUCUGAAAUGCCCUUUUAUGUGAAAAGAAGAUUAAUGUGAGGAUGGCUGAGGGAGAUCUGCCUUCAGCCACUCUGCAGCAGCACAGAGCAGCAGCAGGGUGACACUGGCCUUGCUGACAGAGUGGCUGCUGAUUUAGCUGCGUCCUCAUUUGGGGUCUUUUCCUUGGUUGUUGGAACUACAAAGCAAGCUGGUCUUGGAUAAGGUAUUUCAGAAGUAACUUUAGCAUUUUUUAAAUGUAUGAAAUCAUGUAAAGAAAUACAUUCAUGAUAACACUACACGUGUUUCAGCAGAGGUGUCUGCUUCUAUCAGAGAAAAGGACCAGCCUCUUGCAGAAAUGUUAACAAAUGCUCACUGGCUGUACCAGAUGAGGAACCAGAAGUGUGUUGGGGUGGACAUUAUGUAUUUAUUUACCUGCAACAUUGUACUCAUUAAAAGCAAGAGUUUCAUCAAA